AAUACCCCCUUUUCUCGAGGCACCCCCGGUGUAAUUCAUCACCGAGCUGGGCCCUCCUGUUUAUUGUGUUGGACGAGGACAUGUAAGAUGGAUUUAUCUUUUGAGUCUGGAUUUUUUUUGGUCCCCUGACAAUAUUGGUCACGACGGAUGAGAGGAAAAUGAAGUGUCUAUUUUUGUUGCCCAGGUUUUUCUUUUUUUUUACUUGGUUCCUUUUUUACCGGUUUUUUUUUUUUUUUAAACGCCCUUUGGGUCGCUCCUCGACCUUGCAGAGGAGCCAAUUCGGUGGGAUAUUCGGGAUCUGGGUGAAGAGGAAGGGGCCUAUGAGGAGUUUGAGUUUGGUUUCAUUCUGCUCAUACGCCAAUGCAUCGUCAUCCACGUCUGGAGGAGUUUAUCUGGUGAACCCCCUUGGAAUUUUGUGUUUUUGUUGUUUUACCCCAAUAUUAGUGCAAUGAGAGAGAUGAGAGAGAGAGAUGGAGUAGGGACAAAAGGACGGAUACACGACACCGACACCGAAACGGAU